CGGGUCACCUGAUCCGCCGAUUGACUGACCACAGUAUAAGUUUCGCUGAAAUGUCUACACUUAUUAAGGGAAUAUCUACAUAUUCUCUUAUGAAGAGCGUUAACUGAUUCACGUCAACAGCAUUCGACACGUAGCUAUUCAUCGACUGAUUAGCUCCUCACGGACGGAAAGAAGACGGUGAAAUUUUUCACAAGCAGCGGUAGCCGUUCAUCUCGUACAAUCUGUGUCUUGGAAUCAACCUAUUUGUGAACCGGCGUUGGGCCGAUUCAACGUCUUAUUUAUCCGAGAUUUGCAUUUAAGCCUUCAAAUCGUCUUGGAUUCAAAGCCGACGACAGAAGCCCAACGUUUCAAAAGACUAUUUCGGUUUUGAAAGCAAGUUGAUUGCACAAUGAACUCUUUUCUCUUCCGCUCACGGAUUGUCGUUGUCCUGCUUCUGUUCCAUAUAAAAGUCCUGCAGGGCGCUAACAAGCUGGAAGUGGAGUUAGAUCUUCAGUCAGGCCGGGUGAUACCCUCAGUUCAUGCUGCUAAAUCUCAAGUAAGCUUCAUCGUCCAGCCCACGCCUGCUUCCCAACCAGAUCGUUGCGAUGGUCAGGCAGUCGUGCGUCUGGACUUCAGCGGACCGUACAAGAAGGCCAAAAUCGAACUCAUUUAUGGUGAAGAACCUCGUCUUUGGACUGCAAGCAUAUCAAAUGUCCCAACAAGCUAUGGCUUCGGCUCGAGCUUUAACUACUCAAGUAACUGCGCAACUGCUGAGGUAUUCAACCAGCAAUUUCGAGUUUACGGCAAUAAACUGCCUGGCUUUAGGUUUGACUCCCAAAAUGGAAAUUCCUUGAUGGUUGCUGAAGACGAAGUUGUGGAAAAAGGGGCAAAUAUGACAAUCGACAUCGCAAAUGAAGGAAUAACAUGGGAAACGCGUUAUGUAAAUAAGUCUUUUUACUGGGACUACAUCAAAAACAAUCGAUACCUUUUUACUCUGUCAGGACAAAAGCCAACAUUUGGUCCACCCUCACACGGACAUGUUUAUGCUGGGUUCAACCGAGUCUCCUACGGAAACUUUCACAACGGUUCAGGUCUUUGUAGAGUUCGCAUCACGUUCAAACGCGAUUUGAGCAAAGACUCUCCCUGUGCAAGUGGCAAUCAUGAUUGCCAUCAAUUUGCUGAAUGCUACCCAACCAAGCGUUCAUUCAAAUGCAUCUGUAAGCCGGGUUACCUUGGCGACGGGCGAAAAUGUAAAGAGUAUGAUCCUUGUUCCGCAAACAAUGGAGGAUGUCAGCACCUUUGCAGGCGGAACUCGAUGGGGCAUGCUUCAUGCAGCUGUAAUGAAGGCUUUCACUUGCACCCGAACAAAAGAGAUUGUCUCGCCACAGAGGAAGUCAGAAAGAGAAUCAGAAUUAAGAUGGCUGAGGCCUCGCCCUGCAAAUCGAAGGAUAUCAAAGAUCACAUUGUGAACAAAUUUCAUACAAAGCUGCUGAGUCUGGAUGUUUGUAAUUUUCCCUGCAAGAUUUACAAGCCGUUUUUGCGUUGCCGUCCAAAGGAUACCGAUCGUUUAGUGGUGUCCGUAUUUUUUGACAUCGAACUUCAUAAAAACGUGAUCUCGCCUUCGAAAUUUUGUAAUAUCACAUGCGCGCGAUGUCAGAUGGAGGACAGAUUGCAAAAACUGAUCGCUGAGCUUCGAGGGCUCACUAAUGGUUACAAAUUAAACGUGACGCUAUAUGACAAAACGUUUACUUUCGCUAGAAAUACUCUGCGAAUUUCAAAAGAGAAGGAAGAGAAGGAGAAAGAGGAAAAAAGGAAAGAGGAGGGUGAUGAGUGCUAUAAGACAGCAAGGAGAAAAUUUAAGCGGCAAGCUCGCUGUCAGCCUGGAAAGUACUACGACAUUUACCUCCGCAAAUGUAUGAACUGCUCAAGAGGAUCCUACCAACCUAACAGAUCAGAGAACUUUUGUUUCCGUUGCCCUAACAACAAGACGACACUACAUACAGGAGCUAGCGAUAUUUCACAGUGUACAGGAACAAUUUGUGGUGGAAAUUUAACAUCGAUGUCAGGAGUAAUCACAUCGCCAAAUCACCCCGACCCCUACCCGAUAGGAAUCGAGUGUGUCUGGAACAUAAGAUGCCCCGAAGGUCGUGGUUUGCUUCUGCUUAUACCAAACAUAUCAUUACCGCUGACCAUGGAUUGCUCAGAUCAUCUAAUCAUGCGCGAAAAUGCCAGCCCAUUUUCAAGGACUACCUACUACGCAUGCGAGUCCUACGAUAACCCUGUCGCUUUCAUCUCGAGAAGCAAGGAUCUCUAUGUCAAGUUUACUUCCAAAAGCAGCAACGAAAUGGCAGAAGGGUUUAAAAUUUUCUACGUUACAUUUCAAGAGAAAUACAGAUCUUUGGUAGAGUCUAUUGUUCAAGACGGCAAAUUAUAUGGAAACAGUAGUCUUCGCAAAAUACUACAGGACGAGAGUCUCAUCACGCAAAUUCUUGAUAUCAUGGUUCACCCUCAAAAGUUUUUUUAUUUACCUAAAAACUCAAAGAACAAACUCCCAGAAUUUUAUUCCUUCGUCGAACAGAAAGUAGCUGAUAAGUUAAAUCUCAAACCUUACAAGUAAAGAAAAAAUCUUCUGGCAGAAGAACUGUCCAACACGACAUUAGAAGUAAGGACCUUAAGCAGUCAGGACGGCAACGCCGAGAAAGACUUCGAUUAAAAAAACCAAUUCCUAUGUUAAGUUAGGAUUUCGCGGCUAAGAAAUGUAUAAAGUUUAAAAAAGCACGUAUUAAGCUUUUGUUCUCUCCUUUAGAUCUAUCAAUUUGCUACGGCCUCGUCGUCAUGGUUUGCUUAAGGUCCUUAAUGACAAAAUCCGGACUGAACGCAAAUAUGUAAUAAAAAGGUUAUGACGCACUGUAAAGAGUAAAAGGAAAGAUGACAAUACUGCUUUGAAAGUGUUAAUAGUAUCAUAUCAUGUUCCAAGUAUUGUGGCGCCAUUUAAAAGCCUCUCAGCGGUAGAAAAGUACGUAGCCUUUGUUACUUAUAUCACUGUUCAUGUAUGUCGUUGUCAUUGAUAUUGUUUGCGUUUCUAGCUAACAGCCAUGCGCAAAGUAAAAGCGGAAUCGUAGGAUAUUUUCGAAAUAAGAGGUUAUCAGAAUCUCAUGACUUAUUUUAUUGGUUUGUUAGUAAAAUACGUCCCGGUGACAUAUAUAUAUACAUAUAUACAUAUAUUUAGAGAGAACACAACAAAAAAAUUCUUUAUUCGUAAUCAUGACCAUGCACGCUCAUGAAGACAAUAUCGACACCAAACGUAAGCGAUGUUGUUUUAUAGUCAUGGGGAUAGGAAAAGUAUUAAAUAAAUCAAUUAAUGAGCCAAACUCGACAAUUUGUGUUUAAUCUGUAGAGCGCGCCCAACAUGCAUGAUCAAGCUUUUGAUUGGCAUCUAAUUUUUCCUCACGAUAUCACCCCUAAAUCAAACAUUAACGUCAUGGCAAUAAAGAAAUGAUCACGAA